GGUAAACAAUACAAAAUACCUUUCCAUAAUACAAAGUAGGUUACUUAGUUAUUAUUGAGUGGUUUAGCACAAAUUUCAAUAUUGUUUCAUUAAAAUCAUUGAGUAUUUGUAAGCUCAAUCUAAUUUUAUUAUAAAUAUUGCAUUAAUUGCAUUUCUUUGUCGAGACAGCGGCUGCAGUAUAAAGUUUGCAUGUCAAUUGCUGUAACAAAUAUUAUACACUGGGUAACUGCUAAUUCCAGUUGUGUGGCAUACGUGCGAGACUGCACCUUUGUGCGGAGUGAGACUGCAACAAGUCUACAAGCUUCGUGUUCAUAUCUUGCUGCUACAUCGGGCACCUCAUCAACAUCGGUCAUCGUCAUCACUCGCAUUUAAGUAUUGUUUUGAUUUUUGUUGGCUGCAUUAUUAUUGGUUCCAAAUAUGUCAGUUUCAUGUGAGGAUUCUAGUAAGCUCACUGUGGAGGAAAAUGAAAGGAAACUUAUCAGGAAGCGAGGUAUUUGUAAACAAAAAUUAACACAUUUUAAAAAAUAUUUAGAAACAUUAGAGUCAUCUCUUUCAGCUGUAAAGAUUUGUGAGUUAAAUUUGAGAUUAUCUAAAAUAGAGGAAUUGUACACAGAAUUUGAUCUCAUCCAAUCUGAAAUCGAAAUUAUCUCCCAAAUUCCAGAGCAUCAGUUCACGGAGCGGGAGGAGUUCGAACUCACUUAUUUCGAAACAUUGGCAACUGCACGCGAGCUGAGCGGCCGCCAUGCAGAGGCUAAUGCUACGAGCAACACUACGGGCAGCGAGACGGGUACAGUACUUGCCGCACCAACAGGUCUGAAAUUACCCACUAUUAAGUUGCCUACAUUUUCUGGUCAGUAUCAAGAUUGGCUUGAGUUUCAUGACACAUUUACCUCCCUUAUACACAACAAUAACACAAUACCAAAUAUCAAUAAGUUUCAUUAUUUGAGGGCUGCAUUAAAGGAUACAGCGGCUUUAGUUAUACGUUCUCUUGAAUUUUCCUCGGAAAACUAUGAAGUUGCUUGGGACUUGCUGUGUGAUAGGUUUAAUAAUGAUCGAGUGUUAGUUAACAGUCACAUCACUAAUUUGUUUAAUAUGCAACCAAUUUACAAGGAAUCAGCCCAGGCUUUGCGGGGCAUAAUUGAUAGUACUAAUCGAAAUCUCAGGGCUCUGAAUACCCUGAAGCUGCCUACAGAUCAGUGGGACAUACUCAUUAUUCAUUUUGUAGCUGCUAAAUUGGACCCUAGCACAAAUAGGGAAUGGGAGGAAGAGAGAAACAAAAUGAAAGUUCUUCCGACCCUUAAAGAUUUUUAUGAAUUUUUGAAAUCUCGUGCGGACAUGCUGGAGGCUAUGGGUGCUGAUAUAUUCUGGAAUGUUUUAUUGAACAACAACAUUUCUUUGGGUAAGCACAAGCCCACACUUAGCGAUACGAAGCUGGGAUGGUUGGUCUCAGGUUCUGUACCGAGUUAUCAAGGUAUCCCUAAGCACUUCACCGUCCACUGCCAUCAUUUGUGUGAGAAUCAACUCCACUUUGAGAUGUCUAAAUUUUUCGAGUCUGAAACAAUUAAUAGUCCUGAGAGUUUAACUCCUGAACAGAAACAGUGCGAACAAGAUUUUGUUGCCAAUACAAGGCGAGAUAGUGAGGGCAGCAGGGAUCUGGCUAGGUUCUUGAAGGCGAGUGGUGAGGAGAUAGGUGUCUCGGCAUCAGAGUUAGCGAUUAACUUUAAAUUUUCUCCCGCGUAUUCACCACACUUUAACGGCUUAGCAGAAGCAGCAGUAAAGUCGAUUAAGCAUCAUCUAAAAAGAGUUUUAACACUUACCAAUUUAACAUACGAAGAAAUGUACACUCUAUUAGUAGGGAUAGAAGGCAUACUCAAUUCUAGGCCCAUAACUCCUCUUUCUUCCGAUCCCACUGACCUAAUCCCACUUACACCGUCCCAUUUCCUGAUCGGAAGAACAAUGACCAAUAUUCCAGAGCAAAUAGAUGAUCAGAGGCCAUUACACCUACAGACUAGAUAUGAAAGAAUAAGCACAUUAAAGGGCCACUUCUGGAAACGAUUCUACAAAGAAUACUUUGCUGAGCUGCAAUGCCGCCAAAAAUGGAAAGGUGAUCACAGUCAACUUCAUCUAGGCGAGAUGGUGUUGGUCAAGGACGAUCGAUUGCCUCCGAACCGCUGGCUGCUUGGACGUGUGGUCCACCUCUACCCUGGCUCAGAUGGCAUCGCGCGAGUAGCAGACAUCCAGACGACCUCAGGGACUCUACGGCGCGCCUACAACCGGCUCUGCCCGCUACCUGUUUUGGAAUCUUCGCUUCCAACGGGGCCAGCAUGUGAAGUAGCAGCAAACUUAAGUUAAUAAAAUAAUAUGUGAAGUGGCAACACCGCGCUUCCGCCCGGCGUAGGCGCCAUCAUCUGUGUCUUGCAUUGACAUUGACCUUUUCGUUUCCGCGCUCUGGCUGGUACUUGUGCCAGCCAGAGCGCCGCGUGUGAACUC